CUGAGGUGGGGCGGGGGUCUGGAAGGCCCGGGUGCGGGGUUCCUGAACGGCUUCUCCGGUUACGUUUUGAAAGGGCUGGUUUCCCCUCUUCCUGCCUGAAGGCGAGGCCCGUCUGUCAGGGGUCACUGCCUUCCACAUUGGCAGGGGAGACAGCAGGGGAACCCAGGCCCUUAGGACACGCUCGUUUGAUCUCCAGCCUUUUGCAUGCAGCAAGCUUGGUCACCAGAGCCUGUUGAUUGGAAGCCGUCGUUUAUUGGGAACACCGUUGGGAGGGUAUUAUUAUAUUAUUGUAUUAUUAUAUUGCGGCUGUCUGUAAACACAGGUGGCGGGGGAAGGGGGGUGGAUGUGUGUCUGAUUUAACCUGUGGCACCUCAGUGGCAUUUCCUCCAGCAUCGAUGACUGGGUGUGACACGGUGAGAGAUUUCCUGUGGGUGCCCUCAAAAAUCCAGAAACAUCAGAAGUGAAACCGAUGAGUCAUGGAAGUAGUGAAAGCUUGCUGUCGACCAAAACAAAAAAACAGUUCGCUAACCGGGAGCACUCCCGCCAAAACAUGUAAUGAGGCUCAGGGGUGUGUUGUUAAAACAGCUGAUAUAGUGAGAAGGUAGUGGCUGCUUAUCUUCACAGUGAUUGGGUAUAGUAUUAACAUUUUGUAAAUUGAUAGGGAAUUUGGUUAGUGGUUACCCCAUGUCAACCUUGGGAAACUCUUUAAGUUUCAUUCACAUUUCCAGAGGCUAAAUGAGAAAUGACCCAGGUUAAGUUAGUUAUACAAAGUAAGCUCAGUUAAGCUUUGCUUGUGUGACCAAACUGUGUUUUUUUUUGUUUUUUGUUUUUUGUUUUUUAAUGCUCAGGUAGUUUUCAAGGCUGAACUUGGUUUGUUUGUGGUUUUUACAUUGCCUAGCUAUACUUCUGACUGACAGACCUGCUGUAGCUCAUUAAUUUCUGACCAUAUUGAGGUAUCUUUUAAUAUUAAAUCACAUCAUUUGGGGAAGGAAUUUAUGAGGUUUUUUUUUACAGUAUAAUCAAAGAAGUAAUUUAAAACUGUGUGUGUGUGUGUGUGUUAUAGAAUGUAUUCUUUCCUAAGAGUGGAGAUAGUUUCUGCUUUCAAUCUCUGCAAACUUGAGCCUGAACUACAUGCAGGGUACUUUGCUAGGCUAUGUGAAUACAAAGGGGAGAGACUCAACCCCUGCCCUGCGGGAAAACUUUGCACUCUAGGGAAGGAGAAUUAUGUUUCCACAAGAGCUGAUUAUAUAGAUAAAGAAUUAAAAGUCUUUGGUUUACCCUCCUACUUCAAACAGGUUAUAUUCCAAACUCAGCAAGGCAAAGACAAUCCUGCCUGUCUUCCCAGCCUAGUGGUGGUUUCAGAAUUCUGUGUUAGGAAGGGCAUAAGGUCAGCAUUCUGGUUAAGGUAGAGUCAUGCUGAAGUAACCUUUGGGGAACAUUCUAAGUUACUUUUAGAAAGUGUUGGUUGUCCAUGUCAGAGUUAGGGGAGGUGUUCGUGGGGAUUAUGGGCAACCUAAAGUUCCUACUCUCAAGCCGCAUCUCCUUCCACAUGUACUCUUUCUUACGUUUUAGUCAUUCAUAGGUAUUUAGAGGUCCUUAAUACAAACCAUGUUUUGUUUUGUUUUUCCUACUUCUGAGCUUUUCAGGUUCUCUUCUGAAAUUUAUGAACUCCCCACCCCACCAUAGAAUGCCAAAUCCUUUUUAAAGAUUGAUCCUAAAUUAAAGAAAUUUGGAUCUCUAAUUCAGUGUUGGAAUGGCGUCUGUUUCAGCUCUAACUGAGGAAUUGGAUUCAGUGAACAAUGAGCUACAUGCAGUAGACAUUCAAAUUCAGGAACUUCUGGAGAGGCAACAAGAGCUUACUCAGAAAAAAAACAUCCUAACAAACAGAAUAAAGCAGUGUUUGGAGGAUUCUGAUGCUGGGGGAAGCAAUGAAUGUGAUUCUUCACCUGCCUCUUGGAAUAAAGAAGAUUUUCCAUGGUCUGAUAAAGUUAAAGAUGUUUUGCAAAAUGUCUUUAAACUGGAGAAGUUCAGACUGCUUCAGCUUGAAACUAUUAAUGUAACAAUGUCUGGAAAGGAUGUAUUUCUUGUUAUGCCUACAGGAGGUGGAAAGAGCUUAUGCUACCAGUUACCAGCAUUAUGUUCAGAUGGUUUUACACUUGUGAUUUGCCCAUUGAUUUCUCUUAUGGAAGACCAAUUAAUGGUUUUAAAACAAUUAGAAAUUCCAGCUACCAUGUUAAAUGCUUCUAGUUCUAAGGAGCAUGUGAAAUGGGUUCAUGCUGAAAUGGUAAAUAAAAAUUCCAAGCUAAAGCUAAUUUAUGUGACUCCAGAGAAAAUUGCAAAAAGCAAAAUGUUUAUGUCAAGACUAGAGAAAGCCUAUGAAGCAAGGAGAUUUACCCGAAUAGCUGUGGAUGAAGUUCACUGCUGUAGUCACUGGGGUCAUGAUUUCAGACCUGAUUACAAGGCACUUGGUAUCUUAAAGCGCCAGUUCCCGAACACAGCACUGAUUGGGCUGACUGCGACCGCAACCAGUCAUGUUUUGAAGGAUGCUCAAAAAAUACUGUGUGUUGAGAAGUGUUUUACUUUUACAGCUUCUUUUAAUAGGCCAAAUCUUUAUUAUGAGGUUCGUCAAAAGCCUUCAAACACUGAAGAUUUUAUUGAGGAUAUUGUAAAGGUCAUUAAUGGGAGAUACAAAGGGCAAUCAGGAAUCAUUUAUUGCUUUUCUCAGAAGGACUCUGAGCAAGUUACAGGUAGUUUACAGAAAUUGGGAAUUCGUGCAGGUGCAUACCAUGCCAAUAUGGAACCAGAAGAUAAGACCAAGGUUCACAGAAGAUGGUCAGCCAAUGAAAUUCAGGUAGUAGUGGCAACGGUUGCAUUUGGUAUGGGAAUUGAUAAACCAGAUGUGAGAUUUGUUAUUCAUCAUUCAAUGAGUAAAUCUAUGGAAAAUUAUUACCAAGAGAGUGGACGUGCAGGCAGAGAUGACACGAAAGCGGACUGUAUUUUGUAUUAUGGCUUUGGAGACAUAUUCAGAAUCAGUUCAAUGGUGGUGAUGGAGAAUGUGGGGCAACAAAAGCUUUAUGAGAUGGUGUCAUACUGUCAAAACAUAAGCAAAUGUCGCCGUGUAUUGAUAGCUCAACAUUUUGAUGAAGUAUGGAACUCAGAAGCGUGCAACAAAAUGUGUGAUAAUUGCUGUAAAGACAUUUCAUUUGAAAGAAAGAAUGUAACAGCCUACUGCAGAGAUCUAAUCAAAAUCCUGCAGCAGGCAGAGGAAAUGAAUGAAAAGCUCACUCCACUGAAACUGAUCGAUUCUUGGAUGGGAAGGGGAGCAGCAAAAUUGAGAGUAGCAGGUGUUGUUCCUCCCACACUCCCUCGUGAAGACCUGGAGAAAAUUAUUGCGCACUUUCUUCUACAGCAGUAUCUUAAAGAAGACUACAGUUUUACAGCUUACGCUACCAUUUCCUAUUUGAAAACGGGACCUAAAGCUCAUCUUCUGAACAACGAGGCACAUGUUAUUACUAUGCAAGUAAAGAAGUCCAUGCAGACCUAUUUCGGGAUUGAAUCAUCUCAAACUUGUCAUUCUGAAAGAUCUGAUAAAAAGAAGGAAGGAAAAAAUUCGGGCAACUUCCAGAAGAAACCUGCAAACAUACUUCAGCAAUCUGAUACUAAGAAUACAGGGGCUAAGAAAAGAAAAAUUGAUGAUGCAUGAGAUGAAUGUUUCUAAAUUUUCCAAGAAAACAGUUUUAUGCAUGCAUGCACCAUUAUUUUUAUAGCUUAAAUUUUAAGACACUUUCAUUAAUAUUUUAUAUGUGUGAAGCUAUAUUUUAAGAACUUCUCUCUAAAGUAUUGAAGACUUGAGAAUUUGAGAACUUUUGACAAUUUAAGAGCAUGAACUGCAUAUAUUUACAGUGUGAAAUGAGGGGAAAAAUAAAUUUUUAAUGUAAAACCCUUUAAAAGUAAAAUAGUUAAGGGAGUAAGUUCACAUAACUAUCUUAAGCUCUUUACACCUUGUAAUUUUUUUUUGACAGAACUAUCUUUUGACAGCAGUGUUGUUGUACUGAGAAUUUGACAUAGGCUCAUCAGAGUGAGUACCCUCAGGUUAUAACAUGUAGAAUCCACACAAAAAGAGUAAUAAGGUAUCAAUACUGAUAUUAGUAAGUAAGAUGGCGAUGUCUCUAAGUAAAAUAAAACUAAGAUUGAAACCAUAGCCCUAUAUUGACAUUUCAUAAAGAAUGGCUCUUUUUAGACCAACCUAGCUCCAAAAUUAAAUCCCAAGUGAACGCGUCUAAGUUUAAAGCACAUAAAUGAGUAACUUGAAAAUUCUUACAUAAGUGGUUGUGAGAGGUCAGUUUUGUGUUAGAAAAAAAUAUAUCUGUAAGUUAUCCAAACUGACUUCAUCUUUAGAAUUUUAUUUUUAAAUACUUUUCCACUAAAAUCAUUAUCACCUGUGUGUUUUUAA